AUGACACUGCUUUGCGCGCGCUCUCUCCCCGGCGGCCGAGGUGCCCGUCUCGUCUCGACGGGCGCCAGGCACCAGGCACGAGUCUACGACGGCGCGCCACCAGCCGAGCCGAGCCGUGCCGAGCCGUGCUUGAACGCCAAGGGCCCGAGCCUCGGGGACUAUAAGUCUACGACGACGCGCGGCCGCGGCGCGCAACACGUCGUCUCUCCCCCGGCAGUGCAUCUCGUCCCUGCUGAGUCGAGAAUUCGCCUGAAGACACGCAUCACACCCUUCGCCAUGAAGUUCUACGCGGCUGUUGCUGUGGCGGCCCUCGCUGGGAAGACUGUUGAGGAUUACUUCAUUGGGGCUGAGAAGCGUGACAAGACUGUCGAGGAUUACUUCAUUGGGGCUGAGAAGCGUGACAAGACUGUCGAGGACUACUUCAUCGGCGCCGAGUAG